UUGGCUCUCUCAUUGGCUGGCUCUGCUGUCAGUCGGGUACUGCAGUCUGUGGUUCGCUUAAGCGCUUCACUUACGCAAGGCGACUAAUCUUGGUUGAAGGUACAGCUUUAGGAUUGUGUCGCAGCGUCUCCCCCCCAUGACGCGCUGACAGAGCAUCUGCUGGAAUACAACCUCAGUCUGGGAACCAGCUCCAUCUCCGUCCCUCAUCACCCAGGGGCGACCACACGGAGCAUCUAAACGUGUAAAUGGAGUUUCAGUCGUGGUCGUGACUGUCGUUCACCGCCUCUCACCCUGCAGAAGACUGCGUUGAGGUUGCAGCAGCAUCCAUACCACCGCGGCUCUCUCCGUUGCAGUCAUGGGUACCGUGCUCUCGAUAUCACCGGCGUCAAAGAGGGCGUCGAUUAUGGACGCUGAGGGCGCAGGUGAUGGAUUCAAACCUGACAAGGGCCUCAAGCGGCACUCGAUGUUCGUGGCUCUUUCCUGGAAAAAGCUGGUGGCCAGUUCGGCCAAGAAGAGUGCCAAGAAAGUGACCCCGAACCCGCUGCCCACGCGCGAUCUCCCGUACACCCAAAUCUCUCAGCUCAACAGCGUCAAUAACAGGAAAACGCACCAAAACGAAGAGAAGAAACCCAAGGCACCGAUCCCGGUCCCGGUGCCCACUGUACCCACUGCUCCUAAGCAGAAUAACGAGAUUGUCCUUCAAAACGGGAGGCUUUCCUCCGUGCAGAAGCAACCCAGCAGCCAGUCUCUUGCGUCGCCGAGGCGGGUUAUUAUUCAGGCUUCAACAGGGGAGCUGCUGCGCUGUUUGGGGAACUUCGUGUGCCGCAGGUGUUUUAAACUGAAAGACUUGAACAGUGGGGAGGUGAUCCUCUGGUUCCGGAACAUUGACCGGACUCUUUUGCUGCAGGGCUGGCAAGAUCAAGGCUUCAUCACGCCGGCUAACGUGGUGUUCGUGUACCUGUUGUGCGAAGACACGAUAGAGGACAGCAUCGCCAGCUCGGCAGAGCUGCAGGGCACCUUUCAGACUUGCCUUUACCUCGCCUACUCCUACAUGGGCAACGAGAUCUCCUACCCACUCAAGCCGUUCAUGAUCGAGGCGAACAAAGACGUUUUCUGGGAGAACGCGCUCCGGAUCAUCAGCAGGCUGAGUGCCAAAAUGCUGCAGCUCAAUGCAGACCCGCACUUUUUCACCGAGGUCUUCCAGGAUCUCAAAAACCAGCGAGAAAGCAGCGAGUCAAAUCUGGACCGCUGACAUGCAGACGAACAAGAAACUGGUGUUUUCUAAGAAGAUGAUUGUUUUGCAAAACCACAUUAGGGUGGUUUUGAAUGUAUAAGCCAGAGGGCUUCUCACGUCUGGGCUGAUUCUCUCUCAUAAUAUAACUUAUGUGGUGUUUAGGCUACAGUAGGAGAUUUCAUAACUGCAUGCCAAUGGUAUAUUGUCCUCUUUUGUCUCUUUCCCUGAGUGGCAGAGGGAUUUCAUUCAUGAUUAGCCCUGUUUGUGGGUCAGUAAGAGGAUGUCGCAGUGAGGUGAGCUUCUAGGCCGGACCAGAAUAGAUGUAUGCGUGUGUUUGUGUGUUUGUGCAGAGUUGAGAAAGGCGGAGCUGUCCGAGGUGCUGACCUGUGAAGCCACUUCUCCUCCCUCCACUGCUAUUUGAGUCCCCUCGCCACAACAGAGUCAAGCGUGGCUUAAGAGGACAGAAAUAAGCCCAGUACACUUUCAGCACAUAAGCCUAAGCCUCCCAGGUAUAGAGGUAGACGCUAUAGGCCUACAUUGUGCUUUUUGAAAUACUCUGCAUGCUGUUUAACAUGCAACUCCAUCGGAAACAUGUUUCUUUAUGAGAACAAUGCAUUCUUCUUGGUAUACAUGUAGAUAUUUUAGGAGUACCAGAGAUAAAAAGGGAUAUCUUUCAUGCUGUGUGGGGCUAUCUUUGCACCUGGAUGGGAAAUUCUGUUUUUAAGCUCCUUUUAUGUAAUGAAAACCAUACAUUUAUACAUAAAAUACCUUAUUGUGAAUUGAAUUAGCUUGUUUUUGCCUACCAACAUGAUCCAUGGCAGGUAUGUUACCUGUCAGUAGGCAGUUGAACAUAAAGGUAAGGUAGGGGCAGUAAUGCAAAUUUGGUAAAGGGAGUAUCUUCCCCUUGGAAUGUGAUUAUCUGCACUAAAUGCAACCAGGGCAUCUGUUGUGUAUUGGUUCCCAAUGCAUUGCAGAGGCCUGUAUAAAUAGAGACUAAAUGGAAUGUAAAGGGUUUUUUUUAUGUAAUAUGUGCCAACUAUGAAAUGCUUUGGCCUGGGAUUGUAUGGUUUACAUGUAAAUAUUCCAAAUUUGAAAUAAGCUCUUUAUUUUAUUGUCUUUGCCUGUUUUGGAGGAGGCCGUGUUUGAUGUUGUUCAUGCACAACACAAAACAAAUAGAGCUUAUUUUGGGCCUGCUCUGUGAAUGUGCUGUGGUACUCAGUUUACUGGGUCCAGUUCUCUUUCAGUCAACGAAGAAAGAAUGUCUCCUCAGUGUAAAUAUUGAAUGUGAAUGUCUCAUACUAAGUAACAGAAGAAUAUCAUUUGCACAUAUCAUCGCGUUCUCUAUAAGCUAAAACUCUGAAAACAAGCUUAUAGGACAAACCUGACAGUUAUUAUUCAGUAUUAAGUGAUCAUCGUGAUGUGUUGUGCUACCAUUGCUUGGAAAGUUGAAUAUAAUGCUGCUAUUUUGCACAGCUGUGAACAAACUUUUGAUGUUUUGCACAGUGGUAUGACAUAAUGCUCGUGCACCAGUGUUAACUUGAAGGCACUGGAAUGUUUGCCAUUACGUUUGUAGUUAAUGUCGGCAAGUCUCGCUCUGGAUAAUCAUAUGUGAAUUCAAUCUUUUGUACAGCUCAUUUUUCAUAUAUGUCAGCUGGAAAGUGAUAUCUAGAUGUGUGUGUUGUCUGUGGUGUUGCACCACAGUUGCAUUCACUCUUGCUACAUGUUAAAUAAAAAAAAAAGACCAGUGCAGUAACUGUUUAUGGUGACCAUGAUGAAAUAAAUCCAAACUCAUGUAGGAA